UUCUGUUUAAGGAACACUAUAACUCAUUUAUUUUCCUCCAAACACAGAAAUGUAAAAACAGUUUAAAAAAAAACUUCACGUAAUUGCAUCAUAACAUCAGUCCAGCUUCUUAAAGAGAAACACAACUCAAUGUCGGUGGUCGUUAAUUAUGGAGAUUUCCACCCAUUACAUUACCCGACACACACAUCCCCCCAUCCUCUCACUGCUCCCCCUCUUUGAUCUUAGCAGUUUAUUUCCCUUCAAUGUCACUUGCAGGAUGAUAUGUACAGACACAGCAAGGUCCCUCAGUGUAUCAGCACUUCUAAGGGUGUUGCCAUUUACUAUAGAGUUUCCUCCAACAUUUGACUUGUAAAACUCCUCACACAUCCAGAUUAAACUCUGUCCCUGUUUCCAACUGGUCUGCAUCCAGUUCUGUCCAUUUGGUAACCUUCCUCAACACCCACAAAUGCACCAACUUUCAUGUCAUCAGUGAUCUGAUCAGCCCCUGUGUAUUUUAAUUUGAUCAGACAGAGGCCCCAUCACUGAUCACUGUGGACACACUGGUUACAUAUCUACAGUCAAAAUCAUUCUCAAUUCCAUCAGCCCGAAUUGCUACACAAUACACCCCAUUCAAACCCUCCCACAGAGACUCGGGGAAGUUAAAUGUUUAUCACAAGCCCAGAGUUGGAUUCAAUGGUCUGGUCUUGUUGCUCUGGAUGCUCUGCUGCAAAGUCCAUUCAGAGUAGUUCAAUGUAACCAGAUACAUCAUCCCUGAGAUACCAAUAUACAACAUUGUGUCACAAACAAGAGAAAAUCUGUAGAUGCUGGAAAUCUAAGCAACACACACAAAAUGCUAAAGGAACGCAUCAGGCCUGGCAGCAUCUAUAAGGAAAAAAUAGUGAAUGUUUCAGGCCAAACUCCUUCAGCAAGAGUGGAGAAGAAAAGCUGAAAAGUAGAUUUAAAAGUUGGGGGUAGGGGAGAGAGAAACCGAAGUGAAUCCUGAAAGGGGAAAGCUGAAGUAAAGAGAGUGACAGGAACAGAAUGAACCCCACACUCUCACACUGUACCAGAGACAGACAGAUACAGAAUGAACCCCACACUCUCACACAGUCCCAGAGACUGACAGGUACAGAAUGAACCCCACACUCUCACACUGUACCAGAGACUGACAGGUACAGAAUGAACCCCACACUCUCACACUGUACCAGAGACAGACAGAUACAGAAUGAACCCCACACUCUCACACAGUACCAGAGACUGACAGGUACAGAAUGAGCCCCACAUACUCACACUGUACUAGAGACUGACAGGUACAGAAUGAACACCACACUCUCACACUGUACCAGAGACUGACAGGUACAGAAUGUACCCCACACUCUCACACUGUACCAGAGAGUGACAGGGACAGAAUGAACCCCACAGUUUCACACUGUACCAGAGACUGACAGGUACAGAAUGAACCCCACACUCUGACACUGUACCAGAGACUGACAGGGACAGACAUUUUGUUCUUUAAUAAACCUGGAGAACCCACAUCGCAACUCAGUACAGCACCACUUUGACCACUUUACACAGCAAUGGACUGUCUUGAGAUUCUUGCUCAAAUUCUCUUCUAUCUAUAAAUCUGUACAGUAUGUUUAUAUUUUGUGAAUGUUGUGUCUCCGAUAUGACUAUAAACUCGACUUUCAACCUCACUCAGAAAUAGGUCUCUCAUGACAAUUUGACCUUCGAUCUCCUGCUGCCCUGUUUCUUUACAUAAACGUUUCAUAUUAUCAAGUUUGUGUUUUUCUCAUUCCAUCUGCUUUUCCAGCCGACACCAUAGGUCGAAUGGCCGAAUACUGCGCCUGUACUUUAUGCUCCAUUUUGUAUGUUAGAUUUCCUUCCUGCCGAAUGAACUGGCAGCGGCAACUCACCAGAUCAGCGCCAUUCCCAGUCCACGGUGUUAGCCGAAACGACAAUGGGUCGCGGAGAGAGAGUUCUGAUUGUUUGAACGUGUUCUACAGAUAUCCAGUGAAAUGAAUUGACUGCAUGUAUCUUUUCUUCGAAUAGCCAUUGGGAAUCCAAAGCAUUCCCAUCGCAUAUUAGCAUACUGAUCUGGGUGCUGCCUAUUUAACUUGUGCUCCCAGCCGAUUCCGCUUAUUUCUGAGUCCAAAACGGUCAGAGGAGAUGCCUGAGCCAGGGAAAUCCGCUCCGAAGAAGGGCGGCAGGAAAGCUUUGCCCAAACCAGCGGGUAAGGCAGGGAAGAAACGCAAGAGGCUGAGGAAGGAGAGUUACGCCAUCUACAUCUACAAAGUGAUGAAGCAGGUUCACCCCGAUACCGGCAUCUCCUCCAGGGCCAUGAGCAUCAUGAACUCGUUCGUCAACGAUAUCUUCGAGCGAAUCGGGGGUGAGGCUUCCCGCCUGGCCCACUACAACAAGCGGUCCACCAUCAGCUCCCGGGAGAUCCAGACCGCCGUGCGCCUGCUGCUGCCCGGGGAGCUGGCCAAGCACGCCGUGUCCGAAGGGACAAAGGCGGUGACCAAGUACACCAGUUCCAAGUGAAGCUCCCCAGUGAGAUGAUCGAAAACACAACGGCUCUUUUAAGAGCCACUCAGAAUUUCAAUGUAAGAGUUGUACUAGCUUUUAGGUAAUAAAUUACACAUACUUUAUGUCUGGUGACUUUUUACAAGAGCUAGAUCGCGAUUGGAACAACAUCCUACUGAACUGCGAAGACAUUGUUAC